AUGGAUUCGUCUCCUCCAUCACCCACAAUAGAAGGUCGAAUAACUAUUGAAAGUGUUCGACAUUGGAAAUUAGACCAAGUAUCAAAUUGGUUACAAGAAAAUAAUUUUCGUGAAUAUCAAAGAUUAUUUACAGAAAAUGAUAUCACAGGUGAUGUACUAUUGGAAAUAGAUCAUGAAGUUCUUAAAGAACUUAAAAUAAGAUCAAUAGGUGACAGAAUAAGACUUUUGGUGGCGGUUAAAUCCUUAUUAAAAACAUGUCUAAGCAACAACAUUAUUAAUAAUCAUAACAAUCAUAAUUCAUAUUCAAUUAGAUAUCCGUACUAUAAGGAACAAAGUUCACCUGAAAAUGAUCGAUUUCCUAUACCAUCACUUUCAAGAUCAAAUUCAAAUUCUAGGCUUGCCAUUACCGCAGAAGCCACAAAAAUGUCACUCGAGAGUGUUAAACAGCGUUGUAUAAAAGUUAUUGGAGAAGAUCAUCAAACCAAAACAAUUCAAAUUCAUGAUGUUAAUGAUGCCAAAUCCAUUUUGGCAAAGAUAUUACAAAAAUUCAAUAUUAAUGAUGAAGUUGAAAGAUAUUGUUUAUUUACAACUUUAAGUGAUACUGGUGCCGAAUUGGAGAUGAUUUGUAAAAGUACAGACAGACCAGAACGUGAGAAACUCAUAUUGAGAAAAAAGCAUCAACCAAUAAGUAGAGAACAAUUUAAACAACAAUUGCGCGAUAAAAAACUGACAAAUUUCUUUGGCGAAAAACCACCAAGUACACAAAUUGGAACAGUACAGAAAUUAAGAAAUUUUUUUGGUCAAAGGCCACCUUCAGAAUUGAUUUCUUUAAAUUUGACUGAAUAUUUUCCUGGUCAUGACAGUGAAGAAUUAAAGCGUAGUGCUAGAAAUUCUAUAAGACGAGCUUCAAGAAUUUCAGCUGCUUCAAGAGUCUCGAGAAAAUCCAAAGCAAUUUCAAGAUCAUUUGACGAUAGAUCAAAUACUUUGACAAUACCCAACUCUAUAUUUUCAGAUGAUUCAAUUAUUAUUGAAGAAGCAUCAGAUGAGUUUGCAGGUUUCGAUGAUUUUGAUGAGUUCGAAUAUGAAGAUGAAGAGGCUGAAGAUUGGACGCCUGAUCAAGAUGAUGAAGCACCAAAAUGGAUUAAAGGAUCUUUAAUUGGCAUGGGAUCUUUUGGUAGUGUAUAUCUUGGACUUAACGCUGUUACAGGAGAAUUAAUGGCUGUUAAACAAGUUGAAUUACCAACUGGUCAAUCUGCAAAUGAAGAAAGAAAGCAAGCUAUGUUAGAUGCAUUGCAAAGAGAAAUCGCACUCCUAAAAGAUUUACAUCAUGAGAAUAUAGUUCAAUAUCUUGGAUCACAACAUGAUAAAAUGACUUUGAAUAUUUUCUUGGAAUAUGUACCAGGAGGAUCAGUUACUACAAUGAUUAACAAUUAUGGUCCAUUAAAGGAAAAAUUAAUUAAAUCAUUCGUUAAACAAAUUUUACAGGGUUUAAAUUAUCUUCAUGAAAAAGACAUAAUUCAUAGAGACAUAAAAGGUGCUAAUGUUUUAGUUGAUAGUAGAGGAAAGAUAAAAAUAUCAGAUUUUGGUAUUUCUAAAAAAGUUGAAGAUCAAUUUAUGGAAGCAACAUCAGCUCAUAGACCAUCAUUGCAAGGUUCAGUAUUUUGGAUGGCGCCAGAAGUAGUAAAACAAACAGCUUAUACAAGUAAAGUUGAUAUAUGGAGUUUAGGAUGCUUGAUUGUAGAAAUGUUUACCGGGGAUCAUCCAUUUCCUGAAUUUAAUCAAAUGCAAGCAAUGUUUAAGAUUGGUUCAGAAUCAUGUGCUCCUGAAAUUCCUCCUGAUUUGUCUAAUGAUGCGGUAGAUUUUUUGAAAAAGACUUUUGAAUUGUAA